AUUUCAAUGAAAAUCUGUCCUUGAGGUUGCAUCCUUGCUAAUUGUGUUUUGAUUUUCGGAUAGUCUUAAAAAUUAAUUGCUAAUAUUCUAAGUUAAUCAUGUUGAAUUUAGCGUCUCGACUAAUAAUUUCGCCGCUUCCUGUUACCAAUGGAAGCCAAGUCAGAGGAAUGGCAACCCUCAAAGACAUCCGUCUCCGGUUGAAAUCAGUCAAAAAUAUCCAGAAGAUUACUCAAAGUAUGAAAAUGGUUUCAGCUGCUAAAUAUGCAAGAGCCGAAAGAGAUUUGAAGGUUGCCCGAGGUUAUGGAGAUGGUGUAAAAGCUUUCUACACUGCCACUGAACUUCAACCAAAAGAGGAACAAUCCUCAUCUCCUGGUACAUUAAUAAUAGCUUUAACUUCUGAUCGAGGUCUUUGUGGUGCUGUCCAUUCUGGUGUAGCCAAAAAAGUGCGAGCGAUCAUGGCUUCAGAUCCAAAUGCAUCCAACAUUAAAUUGGUCACCAUUGGAGAUAAAGCUAAGCUGAUGUUAGCAAAACAAUUCAAAGACAAUGUUAUUUUGAUGUUCAAUGAUUUUGGAAAGAGACCACCUACAUUCGGUGACGCUAUCGAAGUAGCCAAUAGCAUAAUCCAAAGUGGAAAUGAGUUUGAGCAAGGAAUUCUUAUUUACAAUCGAUUCAAGUCUGUAGUCUCUUAUGCUAUCUCUGAGUUACCUGUUUAUUCAAUGGCUGCCAUCUCUAACUGUCCUAAAAUUGAGCUUUACGAUAGCUUGGAUGCUGAUGUCUUGAGAUCGUACCAUGAAUAUUCCUUGGCUAGUUUAAUCUUCUAUGCCAUGAAAGAAAAUGCUUGCUCUGAGCAGAGCUCAAGAAUGACUGCUAUGGACAAUGCCAGCAAGAACGCCGGUGAAAUGAUCCAGAAACUAACUCUGUCAUUCAACAGAACAAGACAAGCUGUUAUUACCAGAGAGUUGAUUGAAAUUAUUUCCGGUGCUGCUGCCCUUUAGGUACAAUUGAUGUAAUUUAUUUGCAGUUGUAUCCUAUUUUAGAGUUAGCUGCAUAUCAUUAAAAUCUUAAAUUGUUGUUUUCUUUUGCUGUAAAGAAUAUAUUUGAAUAAUCGAGAAGUUACCAAUGCGGUGUUCAGGAACGAAUAGUGUAUUUAAAUUCAGGAGCAAGAGCCUUUCCUCAUUCAAAUAUGAAUCCAAAAAUUAAAGCGGUUGGAUUAAUU